AUGACAGCCACCGUUGUUGCAAACAGCAGCCAAGAUAACCGCCCAAAGCGAGCAUACGCUGCUCGUACUCCCAAAUGGCAACGAUUUCAAGCAAAAUUGUUGGUUCCCUCUACGAAAGCAGCAGGAGCUGUAUCCAAGGAGGAAAGCUCCGUCUUUCCCUACCAACGCCAAUAUUCCAGCGUCUACUACCAACGACUCAUGGCACUCAAGCCUCGAUGUUGGAAAGCCAUGGAAAAUGAAACCUACAAGAAGAUUGACCGUGUGUUGGGUCUGCGCGAAAAGGUUCCCAGCCUUGUUGUUGGUACUUUGGUGAAGGAAUCCACGGACCCAAAGGAAGAUCCAAUGGUCUCUGAUUCCGAGUGCCGACCCUCCGAUCAACUCUAUCUCGAAGACGAGAGUGGUCGCGUUUCAUUAGAACUUAAGGAAACUCAUCAGUUUUGCACCGGAGUCGUCAUUGGGGUCAAAGGGGUGGUGGAUGCCAGUGGAACUUUUCAGGUGGAAGGAUUGUUCCCUCCGGCUACUCCCGACCCAGUGACAUUGACUGGGGGCAUUACACAGUCAACGCCUGCCUCCCACAGUCCCCACCUUUUGAUUGUAUCGUCGCUUCUUUGCGCUGACGCGGACGUUUCCUCGCUCUCACGAGAAAUGCUUGUUGCAUACCUCCAAGGGCAGUUCACUUUGGACGCUGCCAAGGUCUGCCGAGUUUUGGUCGCUGGCAACGGACCUGGAGCGCAAGAUGUACUACAGGGAGUGAAGGAUCUAGAUUGUUUCGGUAUGCAAUUGAAAUCCUGUGGUAUCCCGAUGGAUAUCAUGCCUGGCAAAAAUGAUCCAACCACUGCCAACUGGCCUCAGCGACCGCUACAUUCCUCUCUAAUUCCAAACUCUGGAAAUUUUAUUUCUCGAGUCCCGAAUCCCUAUGCAGCAGGUCAUGGAAAGCAGCUCGUCGUCGGUACUGAUGGGGCCAACAUUUUCGAUUUGCAAAAAUUCAUUUUGAACGAUCAGAGUGAAAGGAUAUCGGAGCUGGAUGCUUUGGAGAAGACCUUGGAGUGGAGCCAUCUUUGUCCAACUGGCCCCAGCAGUGUGCCAACUGUUCCGCAUACUGAACGUGACCCAAUGGUGUUGGAACAAAAGCCACAAGUUUACUUUUGUGGAAAUGCCAGCAAGUUUGCUCACAAGGUCUGGGAGGAUGGCACUGUCUUGUUGUGUGUUCCCAAGUUUAGCGAGACAUCGGAAGCUGUCUUGCUCAAUCUCGAAACUCGAAAAGUGGAACUUUUGAGGUUUGAUAGCAAUGAAUCAUCCUAA